CAUGACAACACAAAGACCAGAUAGAACGACUAUUGGGCGACUCUUCAUGAAGACUCAUUUUUAUUCAUCAAAAUGAAAAAUUAAAAAAAUUCAGAAAGAAAUGAGUCGACAAACUUUUUAACUUUAAAGAGGGAAAAAAAAUAUUGACUUGAAAUUCGAAGAAAAAGCGCUUUAAUUUGAAGAAACAAAAAUCGAACGUAUCCCAUUCAAAACGUUGUCAUUGGUGGUGAAAUUCAACACAUGAUAACAUCGAAUUUGACAGAACUGGCAUUGGUUGACGUUUGUGCCUGUGAAAAACCAAAACACACCAAAAGUUGAAUCAAAGACGACUAUCAAAAUAUACCAUUUGACUUGGUCGCCAUUGUAUUACGUGCCUGAGCCAAAACACACGAAAAAAAUUUUUUGUUAUUGCGAGUGUUUGUUUCGUUUGAUCGGUUCGAUUAGUUAAACAAAAAAGUUUGUAAAAAAUGGCUUCGUCGUUGAUGCGAUGUGGUCGUUUGGUGCGAAACUGGCAAAAUCCAAUUCGUAUGGUAUCAACAUCGCCGAAAAAGAAUGAAACAUCCAUCGCAAAGCCAUUGUCCGCGCAAGUGAGCGACGAAGUGACAGAUUUUAGCAUUGAAGCCGUUCGCAAAUCAAAGAACUGGGUUAGUUAUGGUUUUAGCCGAACCGAUAAAGACGAGGAUCGACAAUAUACCAAUGGUGUCUACUUUAUGGGCAUUUCCGUGGCAAUUAUUGGCACAAUAUUCUGGUGGUCAUAUUUACCUGAUCGACAAUUCCUUGAAUGGUCACAGCGAGAGGCAUACAUUGUACUGAGAGAACGUGAAGCGGCUGGCUUAGAACCAAUUUCAGGCGAAUAUGUAGAUCCACCCAGCCAGGUAGUGCUACCAUCCGAUGAAGAGCUCGGUGAUGCUGAAAUCAUCAUUUAGAAAGAUAGCCAUCCUCUCCCAGAACGUUCUACUUCUUGGCCACUUUUUACUCGCAACAUACAACACGCAGUGAGGUUAGGUUUGAUGGUGAUUUUGUUAUGUAAGGGCAUUUGUAACAGAAAAAAGUCAACAAAUGGAAUAUAUAGGAACCACACAAACCAAACGUACCAUAUUUAAUUAAUUUAAAUGAAAUAAAAUCAAUAAAAACAAACAAACCGAUUGAUAAUAUUGGUGAAUACAAA